AUGCUACCCAUCUAUGUACAGUAUGCAUGGGCUCAACUCUGUGAUAGCCAGCCAAGGACUCUGCUCAGAUUGAACCGGCAAAAGACAAGCCGCCAACACCGACGGCGGCGCUUGGCAGGUCUGCAAUAUUAUCCGAGAGUGCAUACAGUUCCACGCUAUCCACCAACCGCUAUCCCAAACCUAGACACCGUCCUAUCUGCCUGUCCCCGUUCUGUCCAAAGCCGUCGCCUAAAGCGUGCUUGUGCCUGGUCCUAUCAACCAAUCCAUCCCGUGCCAUGCUCCUCCUGGCCUCGCUUCGCGCCGGCUUCUCAUCAAUCUCAUCCAGCCCAGCUAGUCUCGCUGUUUGUUGAUAGCGGAUGCCUCCAUCGACACUGCCUCCGCCACUGGAUCCCUGCCGUCGAAUUGGGCCAGACCACGGGGAAAAGCAUUUCGCCCCUGUUUGUUAGCGGAUGA